CUCAAGCAAUACAAUGAAACGAAUCAUUCCACCAAUCAUCCCUCUUUCCCUUCCAACACCUAACCAGUGCUCCGAUCCGCAAGGGCUCCGAGGAUGGUGGCUUCCCUCCACACGGCGGCGACGAGGAUCCUCCGUCCGGCGGUGCUUCGCCGGCUCGUCCACACCCAGCCGCAGCAUUCCGGAAUCCCCGGUGCCUUGGAUGAAGGAUACAACCGUGCAUCGCAAAUCCAGCAGAAGAAGGAGGAGCUUUACAAUCUCAUCGCCAAGGCUGUGGCUGAGCCCACUACCACCUGGCUGGACAGGCGACUGCUCAAGGCUCUCUCCCUGCAAGUCAAGCCUAGACCAAAGGACCCUCAGUGGCGCAAGAUAAUUUUGACCAAGGUGGCCACCCAUUGUACAUAUGCUGUGGGUAUUCUUGUUGCCUAUGUCAGAUGUCCUCGCACUGAAGACGGUGCUAAAAUAGUAAGGUAUGAUGGACAUCUUGUUACUGCUGAGAGUCUGCCCAUGCUAAAAGGAUAGGAGGCUGCUGCUACUUCUGAGGGAGUGCCCAAGCAAUUGGGUUGAAGACAAAAUGCAGCUUGUUUGAUGGAGAAGCAAGACGGAUAUCAGUUCUAUAUAUUCCAGCACUAUAUUAUUAUGUAUGUCUAUAUCAUGUGCUAGCUAGAACAUGAGUAGUAGUAUUACUGGAUGAUCUCUGUGGUCGCAUUCUAAGAUAUUUAUGAUGUUGCUGGCAUGGUAUGAAGAUGAGUCUAGUAGUAUUUCUGUUUGAGCAAAUUUCUGCUUUAGCAACUGAAUGGUCUGUGUGAUCGCUUUCUAAGAGAAUAUAGCUCUUUGUGAUAUAGCUGGCUUGGUACUGUUCA